AUGGCCUCGCUCUUUACCUCGUUGACCAUGAUGUUGGAGGAUGCGGAUCGACGAGCUGCGCAUGCGAUGGAAGAGGCCGAGCGACAAGCUCGGCGUCGCAAGAUCAAGGACCGUGCACUCGCUGGAAAUCCACUCUCAUCGGGCGAGUCGGGCGACGAUGAGGAGAGUCAGCAACCCCACGAAGAGCCCGAUGCCAGCGCAGCUGAACCGACACAUGGCUCGACCGCACAGGGUGAGGCUCAACGGACACCGUCAACCACAGCACCAACCUUGAACCUGGAUUCACCAGAGUCCCCAGCUCGAUCAAAGUCGGUCACUGCGGAUGAUAGCAGAGAGCUGGCAGGGCUUCGGGCUGAAAAUGAAAUGCUGCAGCGCGAACUGCGGGCGUUGGAGGCCGAAAUUGCCACGAGUGAAUCGCGACAUGCAGCUUCUCAAAACACCAUCGGUGAUUUGCGCCGGCAGCUCGAGCAAACGGAACAACGCAUGAAGGAUCUACGGCGCCAGCGGCAUGACGGCGAUCAAUCGACUGAGCAGCUGCGAGCUGACCUGCGCCACGCACAGGAUGAGAUUGAGCAGAUGCGCAAUCAGCUGCAGACGGCUGAACGAUCUUACGAGCAUCUGCGCCGCAGCAUGCGCUCGCAAGAGGACGCGCAUCGCGUAGCCGUCGACUCAUUUAACAGUGAAAUUGCUCACUUGCAACACAAGUUGGAGCAAUCCCAGGCUCCAGCGAAUCAAACCGACCUCAACUCUGAAGCGUCCACAGAUGCGCCCGCGGCUUCAUCCUUGCUUCAGCAAGCUCAGCAAGAGCUAGAAGCGCGCGUGCAAGAACUUGAGCAGGAAUUGCAGCAAACACGAGGCCAACUCGUGGCAGCUCAACGGCAACAACAAGCCUCUCAAGCCGAGCUGGCUGAAGCCCAGCGUGAGUUUGAUGACUACAAAACCAAGGCCCAACGCAUUCUCCAGGCGAAAGAGAAACAGUUGCAGGAGCGUACCGCAGAUAACAGCAUGCUGGACAUGUCCUCGGCCCUCACACAAUCAAGUCUCAACCGAGAGGAAGAGUUGCGCCGUCUUCGCGACGAGCUUCAUGAGGCAGAAGCCAUGCGUCUCGAGUAUGAACGAACCAUUGAGGAGCUGCAACAACAGCAGGAGACGGACGCAGACAUGGCCAGCCAGCAUUUUCAAGACCUUGAAGCGGCCCUCGCUACCAGCCGACUCGAACUAGGUGCAGCCACCGAACAAUUCGAGCGACGAGUUCGUGCCUUGGAGCAGGAGCGGGACACUCUCAUCCGAGAGAAGCAACAGCACCAAAGCCAGGUUCAAGAGCUUGAGGGAGCUCUCGAUCAACACCGGACGCGCCUUCGUGAAGCCGCAGCCACUGAGCAUCAAGCCACGAUGGCUUCAGAAGCGGGCAGCCACGUUGCUGAGCUAACGCGGCAACUUGUUGCUAAGCAAGGACAACUGGAGGAACUGCGCAAGGACCUGAGCAUGGCCCGCCUUGAAGUGGACGAGGAGCGGCGCAAAGCUCAGAUGGCUACCAAGCUGGCGCAGGAUCGAGCAGCCAACAUGGCCCAAUGGGAAGAGACAAUGCAGAUGGAGCCGCUCAUGCAACGGGAUAUGCUGCGCAACGCGCACGUCAGCGAGAUGGAGCGACGCUUGCAGUCGGCCGUGUCGCACCUGGAUGCCAUGAGGUGUGUGUGUGUGUGUGUGUGCGCGCGCGCUCUCUCUCUCUCUCUCUUUUUGGACUUGCAUCUGCGCGAUAAACACACCUUUGGAAACCUCCAUGAAUGA